UCACUUCCCAGUUAAACGUGGCCGACUCGCACAGCAAGGAGUGGCAUUCAAGCGAGCGUCGCGAGCUGUCAAGCUGUCGGCCCUGAAUAGCCCGAGAGCGAGCUAGCGGUGAACCUCUAAUCAGCCGGGUGCAGCUGAUCGUUUUAAAUGACUCGUUGUGGCGGCCAUUGAGCGCGUUAUCGAGCAUACGUCGGCAUCGAGACCGCUGGUUUUAGGCCUGCCGAGAAUCCGUUCAGGCGCGUCGAAAGUAAAACAUGUCGUCCUCGGGCGAUUUCGGUAACCCGUUGCGGAAGUUCAAGCUCGUCUUUCUGGGCGAGCAGAGCGUCGGGAAGACAUCUCUUAUUACGCGGUUUAUGUAUGACAGCUUUGACAACACAUACCAGGCCACGAUAGGAAUAGAUUUCUUAAGCAAAACUAUGUAUCUUGAAGACAGAACUGUGAGACUACAACUGUGGGAUACAGCGGGGCAAGAACGGUUCCGUUCUCUGAUACCUAGUUAUAUCAGAGAUUCUACUGUCGCGGUCGUUGUUUACGAUAUUACCAACGCCAACUCGUUUCAUCAAACAUCUAAGUGGAUAGAUGAUGUACGGACUGAAAGAGGAAGUGAUGUGAUAAUUAUGCUAGUGGGCAAUAAAACUGAUUUGAGUGAUAAGAGACAAGUUUCAACGGAAGAGGGCGAACGGAAAGCGAAAGAACUAAAUGUGAUGUUUAUCGAAACUAGUGCUAAGGCCGGCUAUAACGUUAAACAGCUAUUUAGAAGAGUAGCGGCGGCUCUGCCAGGUAUGGAUUCCACUGAAAAUAAGCCUCCCGAAGACAUGCAAGAGGUAGUGCUCAAGGACACGCCAAUCGAACUGAAAGCCUCGGAGAGCAGUUGUGCAUGCUAAGUCGUCGUCGGCCUAUAUGGUAGCAGGGUAUCGAAUCGAAUCGGACGGAGUCUUAAAUCUCCGAAUAGGGCCCAAACCGCCCCGGAUCGUCUCUGGAGCGGUUUGGGAAUCUUUUUCGAGAAACAUGAACCGAUUUUCUAGGUAAAUUUCUAAGAGAGCUCCUUAUCGAUUUUUCAGUAAGCAUUAUAAACGAAUAAUACAGUAUUAAUAUUAUCGCAUAUAUUAUAAUUAAUAAUAUUAAUAUGUUAUUAUUUAACUGAGGACAUUAUAAUUUUUUCGAUAAAAUCGAGUAAUGUUCUUUUGGAAAUUUUCUUAGGAAAUAUAUGCACGUAUAAGAUUAUUAUACAUAAUAUAUUAAUACAAUAAUUUAUUUUAAUUUGUUCUGUUUCAAGACUAUUCGAAGAGAAUGACUUACAGUUCUGUUUCUGUUCGAUGCCCUGACUAGUAGACAAAACACACUGAGCUAAGUUAACUUAUAAGUUAAUGACAUAGGAUGUUAGGGUACUGAUUGCAUUCGGCCUGUGGUUUUCGUGAAAUCGGAAAACUCAUCGAAAGCCGUGCACUCAACAGCAACAAUUUUUACUAAGAUGA